AUGCAACUCGCGUUAGUGAUACGCUUCGUCAUUUUAAUGCUUCUUGCUCUUUGGAUCGUCGAAGUUAAUCGUGCUGCAAGAUUCCCUGGAAGGAGUCGAGCGAUGGUGCGGCGAAUAAGAGUUGGUCUUGGACAUUUGAAAACGAAAAUUUGCUUUGAAUCAGUUGGCUGCUUUGCGGAUCCACCGCCCCGUUUGACGUUGAAAAGGCCGCCGGAGCAUCCUAGCAUAAUUCAAACGAGAUUUUUAUUGUACACUCGCUCUAGACGAGAAUCCCCUAAAAGCCUUCAAUAUGGUGAUGAUUUGAAAUCCAUUCUUCAAUCAGAAUUUGAUUCGACGAAACCUCUGAAAGUCGUAAUACACGGCUAUAAAGGAAGCGGUAGCGAUAUUGGUGCGGUUCUUUUGGUACAGGCUCUUCUGGACUUGGAAGAUACGAACAUCUUGGUGCUUGAUUGGACAAGAGGAGCAGCAACGACCUAUUCAGCAGCAGUGGCGAACACGGAACUCGUAGGACGGCAAUUAGGUCUAGUCCUUUUAGACGCUAUUAAUUUGGGUACUCUUGCUGAAAACAUUCACGUGAUUGGCUUUAGUCUCGGAGCUCAUGUGGCUGGCUGUGCCUCAGAGAUCCUCAAGAAGAAAAGUAUUCUUCUAGGUCGUAUAACAGGCCUAGAUCCUGCGUCACCCUUUUUUAGAAAUCAUUUGGUUAGAGAGAAGUCCAGGAAAUUAGAUGCUACCGAUGCUCGGUUAGUAGAUGUGAUUCAUACGGAUGGAUCCCAGGACUUUGCAGAUGGAUUUGGUCUUUUAAAGCCACUUGGUCAUAUCGAUUUCUUCCCAAACGGCGGUAGAGAGCAGCCAGGUUGCAAGGAUGUGAAGAAUUCUGUUGUUGUUAGCCAUUUGAAAGAGGAUAUGUUAACGAAAGAGAUCGCUUGUAGUCAUUUAAGAGCUUGGGCAUAUUUUUUGGAAAGCAUACGUACAACGAAUGAAUCUUGUAAAUUUAUUGCUUGGCCUUGUCCCCAAGGAACGAUCUCGUAUACGAAUGGAAUGUGUUUUCCUAUGGAAUCUACGCUAUGGUCCCAAGAAAUGGGCUACAGAGCUAAUCGCGGCCCUUUAGGAAUUUAUUAUUUGCCCACGAGAGAUCAAGAACCAUUUUGUGGCCAGCCUUUGAGAGCAUCGGUGACAAUUUCAGAAACGGCGACAAAGACAUCAGGAAUGUUAUUCUUAAAGAUUGUGGAACGUGAUUCAACAAUAAAUUUCAAGUUUCGAUGCACGAUAUCUACUCGAAGAAAUAAAUCGACGACAUUCUACGAUAUUGGUGCAGCAGAAUUUCAAUUUUUAUCGAAAAACCGAUCAACGAUAGAAGCACGUAUUUGGUACCAAAAAGAUAAGAAUGAAAAAAACGAAGAUGCGACUAUAAUUUCUAACUCGGAUAUGUUGUUAAUAGACACUCUUACUCUUGAGGAUAGAAAAGGCAACAAAUGGAAAUAUUGUACUCGAAAUACUGGCCUAAAUUUCGAAGAAAAUUUGAUAAUACUUCGUCAAGAACAGUGCGCCUUUUUAUAAGAACAAGCUCAUUUAUGUAGAAAAGACAAGUUAUUUUAAUACAAUAUUUAUUAUAUACAAAAUACUAAAAAAAAUAAAAAAAGGUUCGAGUAAAAAAAUACUUGUUAAUUCAACAAUUUUCUAAUAAUAAAUUUUACCAUCAAUUUCUAUAAUGUA